AUUUUUAUAAUGAAAAAGUAAUAGAUGAAAGAGUCUGUACUUUCUGAUUUAAUUUAUUUAAGGUGCAGAAAUAAAUCUAUAGUGUUAGAUAUCAGGACAAUGGUUAUCCUUGGAAGAAGGAAGUAACUGGAGAGAAGUAUAAAGAGGUCUCUGGGGUGCUGGUGAUGUUCUAUUUCUUGAUGUGGAUGCUAUAACAUGUAUGUGUUCAGUCUGUGAAAUUCUUUGAGCUAUCCAUUUGUGAUUUAUAUGAUACAUUUUUUACAUGAAUAUUACACUUCAAAAAAGAUUUUAGCAAUGUCGAUCACAGACCCCACAGCAGACCUAUGGAAUCAGAACAUCUGGGAGUGGGAACUCAGGACCUUGCAUUUUAAAAAUCUCCGUCCUAAGUUUUUCUUAGGACUACUUGAUUUUGAGAAUCUUUGCUAAAGGAAGAGGAUUAGAUAAAUAUUCUUCCAAUGCCCAAGAUUUCUUCAAUUCUAUCCUAACAAUAAAUAUUUCUUAGAAAAGAAAUUUUUGAUUUCCUUGCAUCAUUUACCUUCUUCCUGUUAGGAAAAUGCACAUCAUGUUUUAGGUGCUGAGACACAGGACUAAGAAAUCAAUGACAUAAAAAUGCAGAGUUUAGUAUUUUUUCUUUAAAAUAUUAUCCUAAGGUGUCAUACAUACUAUAAUUUAUGAAUAUCUGGAAGAGUGAAAACAAUUUUAUUGAGGCCUUGUAAAAUAUGGCAGGUUCUAGGACCUCAUGGAACUCAGGUAUCUUUAGGAGGAUGUGAAACAUCACAUCAUGGGGCGUGGUGCAGUGUGAGCAGGUAAAGAAAAGCCAGUUCUUCCACAUGUAAACACUUGAACUCCAUUUCAUCUUUUCUCAUACCAUCCCUAAGAUUGCGGCAGCUUUCACAUUUGCUUGUUAAACUGAAAGCAUGUUUCUUGCAAAGGCUCUAUUGGAAGGAGCAGAUCGAGGUCUUGGAGAAGCUCUUGGAGGCCUCUUUGGAGGAGGUGGUCAGAGAAGAGAAGGAGGAGGAAGAAAUAUUGGAGGGAUAGUUGGAGGAAUUGUGAAUUUUAUCAGUGAGGCUGCAGCGGCUCAGUAUACUCCAGAACCGCCUCCUAUUCAACAGCAUUUCACCAAUGUGGAGGCCUCAGAAAGUGAGGAAGUUAGGCGAUUUCGGCAACAAUUUACACAGCUGGCUGGACCAGAUAUGGAGGUGGGUGCCACUGACCUGAUGAAUAUUCUCAACAAAGUCCUUUCUAAGCACAAGGAUCUGAAGACCGACGGUUUUAGUCUUGACACCUGCCGGAGCAUUGUAUCUGUCAUGGACAGUGACACGACUGGGAAGCUGGGCUUUGAAGAAUUUAAGUAUCUAUGGAACAACAUCAAGAAAUGGCAGUGUGUUUAUAAGCAGUAUGACAGGGACCAUUCUGGGUCUCUGGGAAGUUCUCAGCUGCGGGGAGCUCUGCAGGCUGCAGGCUUCCAGCUAAAUGAACAACUUUACCAAAUGAUUGUCCGCCGGUAUGCUAAUGAAGAUGGAGAUAUGGAUUUUAACAAUUUCAUCAGCUGCUUGGUCCGCCUGGAUGCCAUGUUUCGUGCCUUCAAGUCUCUGGAUAGAGAUAGAGAUGGCCUGAUUCAAGUGUCUAUCAAAGAGUGGCUGCAGUUGACCAUGUAUUCCUGAAGUGAGCACUGAGAAGUCAAGAGGAGGACAGGAGGACAGGACUGAAAACCUUGCCAUGCUGUACGCAGUUGCUGAUACCCUGUGCAACAGCUGUCAUUUCCUGGCGAGCUCUUUCACAACCCUACGUAUUUCUGAUUGUGUGCUGCCUUUUACUGCUGAAUUAAAACAGAUAUUUCAUGAAAAAUGUUCUGAGUGGUUUGUAUAUCAGGUUUUUGAGAUUUGGAUUUAUAUGGACUUACAUAUAUAUGAUGGGGAGGUUGUGGGGUAGAGUUCUAACGGAGUAGAUUUUAAAAGGUGUUGCUUAUUUGGUGAAUAAAUUCCAAGGAGUAGGAACUUUAUUAUUGUUGUUAUUGUUGUUAAGAAUGAAUUUUUUAAAUCCUGGAAUAAAUCAAGAAAGCCCUCAGGAGAUACAUUUUCCAUUUUAAGAAGCUGGGGAGUGAGGUUCAAAAUCUGUUUUUCUUGUAAUUUUACACCUGGUCUUUCCAUUAUGUAAAAAAAAUGAAAAGUGCUUUUUAGGAAACUUAUUUAACUGUAAAGAAACAGGUUCAGACAAUGAAAUUAAGCAGUUUUAUAUAAGGGUAGCAUUUUUUAAAAAUGAUGGAGCUACUACCUAAAAUUCUAAAGUUCUUUAAUUCUGUUUCUUUAGUAAAAAAAAAAGCACAUAGCAAUUUUGUUUUGUUUUGAUACAUUUGUAAAGAGAGUCAAAGACAUUGGGGAAUAAAACAGUAUACUUAUAGUUCAAAAAUGUCUCUAGCUGCCUUAAUGAAUCAAAAUGUUCGCUCUUACACGUACUUCAUACAAAAUCAGGCAUGCCCUGCUGACGUUAGCCAGUUCUUGUCGUGUCUUGUCCUGCCUUAGAGCAAGGAAAAUUCUUUCGUUCAUCUUUGAAAACUACAGGCAGGAAACAAGCAGCAAACAAAGAAGAAAAAAGAAAAACACAUGAACAGUAAUUAGUUAAAUGGAAUGUAAACCAAUAUAGAGAACAAAUAUUGCUGACUGUUGCAAUUGUUCUCAGCCCUGGCUGCAAUUUGGAAUCACUGGGAGAGCUCUUUAGGAAUACUAAUACUUGAGUCUUCAAAUAUGUUAAAUAAGACUUUUUAGAAGUGGGGCCCAGAGAUGAAUAUUUUUAAAGCUCCUCAAGUGAUUCUGAUGAUCAGCCAAGGUUGACAGCCUCGAUUGCUUUAAAGUAGGGCCGCCUCACAGUAUUUUUCAAGCCUGUCUCAGCCAAAACUAAGGCCAAACAGGAGAGUCAGUGUUGCCAGCAUUCAGGAGAAGGAAGAUAGAAAUACCAAGAAAUUGCCACCCAAAAGCUGGGGUAGUUGUGCCUUUCUUGUGUACAGACCUUGGUUUGGCUUUAUAAUUUUGAUAACAGGCUAUUAUAGCAGAGCAAACAGAAUCCAGAAUCCCGGGGCCAGUAGACACAGCUAGAGAGGCUGCAUUGUAAGUGCGCAGUUCCUCUGUCUGCUAUUUAAUUGGUCUCCACCCAUUCUGCUUCUCUGAUUUUUAAUGCAUUAUCUCUAUCCCAGGCUACUUUGGAUGGUCAUCCCGAGUUUGCAGAUAAAUUCUUCCUUCCUCUUUGGACUCAUUUAGAAGAAAGUUGUAACUAUGGAAAUGAUGUAACUAGCCUGUUAACAUCCUCAACUUCCUGUUAAAAAUCCCUAGUGAAAUGUGGAGAGGUUGGCUUUUGGCCUUUGUGUUCACCAUCAUCACCAUCAUAUAAUAUUUAUGAAACACCACACACAUAAUUCUGAAUGGAGCCAAGCACAGAGAUCACAUCCACUUUCCUCAAGGGACUUGUAAUUUAACCUUGGUCUGGUAUGCUACUUAGACCAGGUGUGGUUACACAAGAAGGAGGCUGCUGCCAGCAACCACACAUUAAUAUCAAUCUCUCUAUUUUAGAAUAAGUCCAGGAAUAUGUUAGGCAUGGAUGUAGUAAAGUAGCCAAGAAAGGGGAAAGCUGCCAGACAUCUUUUAAGGUCUCAGAAUAUUAGGUUUAUAAUUUAACCUUUCCACAGGAUGGUUGUGGAAAGAACAGUGUAACCACAUUUUUGUUCCUCACUUUAUUGUAAAUGUUUCAUAAAAGUUAAAACAAUCAUCUCACACUAGGAGUAGUAUUAUUGCCCUUGCUCCUCAAGUUAAAGGAUUACCUACUUUUACGAUUCUCUUCUAGCAUGCUCACGGAAAAACAUCCCGAAAUUACCUAAGUUUCUCUCCUGUUCUCUUCUGAAUUUGUGUAAGUAACCUCAGACAUCAGAGUGGAUACUAGAAACUAAAAAAUCUGAACUUUUCCCAAGUAACCAAAUAUUUAGCGUUGUGCAGAACCAAUAGCCUAGCAAGUGAUUGAAUUUCUUAGUUUUCAUUCAAUAUUUGUAAAGGCACAUUUUUAAUGUUAGAAGCAAUACUUAACUUGACACCUUUUUAAAAAUUUGCCUGUUCUGUAUGCAAGACUAUUUAUAGCCUAAGAUUUAUAUAAGAUCAUUCAUAUAACUCCAUGCCAUUAUUUUCAAAUUUCUAACAUUAAGUAAUUUAAUCAGUGUAAAUUGAAAAUCAUACUCAGUGAUAAAAAUAUGUGAAAUUAUACAUCUACAUUUUUAAAUUUCAAAAUAUCCCAUGUGAUUUUGAAAAGUAACUUUAUCUUGAUAUAAUCCACUAAAUUUUAUAAUCUAUAAAAAAGGAAAAGAACCAUGUGCUCUGUAACUAUGAACAGCAAACUUCCAAAAACAUUUAAAAUUUGUAUGUGAUCUUAAAGGUCACUUUAAAAAUAUUUUUGGGUAGUGGUGCAUGUGUUUUUAAAAGUUGGUUUAUCUAGCUACCCCAGUCAGAAAUCUUAUCAGUACUGGCUAGACAUGGUAGCUCAAGCCUGUAAUCUUAGCACUUUGGGAGACUGAGGCAGGCUGAUCGCUUUGAGCCCAGGAGUUCAAGACUAGCCCGGGCAACAUGACAAAACCCCGUUUCUACAAAAAAAUUUAAAAAUCCCCACAACUAGCCAAGCAAGUUGGCACACGCCUAUAGUCCCUGCUACUCAGGAGGCUGAGGUGGAGGAUCGCUUGAGCCCGGGAGGUCCAGGCUGAGUGACACAGGGAGACCCUGUCUUGAAAAAACAAUUAUUAAAAAAAUUCUUAUCAGUAGUAUUACACAACUACACAUAUAGUGGGGACUUAAAAAAUAUUUGUGGAGGCACUUACGACAUAUGGAUAUUUAAUGUGCCUACUGAUCUUGAAGAACCUUCUGAAUUGCUUUUUAAAAAUAUUUAAGUAUAUUAAAACAAUUUUAUUCCUAGAAAAUUGAUACAAUUUAUAUGGUUAGAAAUAUGCUCUUAAUCAGAAUAUUCAGUUAAAUAGAAUACUUCUUCCCAUACUCUUCUGCAUAACUGAGAAUUUACUGUAUUUUAAUACUAAUACUCCUUUCGAUUUAUAGAGUAUCUUUCAAGAUGUGAAGACUUUUUUUCUGUUGGUUGCUGUCAAGUAAAUUCUGUUUUAUGUAAACAUUUUAAAAUUAUUUUGACGACAUUGGUUAUCUCUCAUUUACAGGGAUGAUAUAUAUCAGUUAUAACACAACACAG